AUAUGGAUCCGCUAUUCGUUGCGGAGAAAGCUUUAGCUUUCCGCCGUCGUUGGAAUUUCAGUCCAAGCAAAUGGUAUCCCACGGGUGGAGGUCGUUGCGUCGAAUCUUGGAAAUCAUGAAUGAAUUCUAAGUUUUGUCGUCCGUUCACGGGAAAUUCAUCGACAUUGUUGACGCCACAAAACGCGCAUUGUACAAUGAAUGAAGUAAGCGGAGGGAAACAAGACAUACCAAACACUUCUUCUUGGGAGACACUGUCUGGCCAGUCCGCAUCCUCAUUGUCCACUAUGCAUCAUCAUCAUCAGUCGUUGCAACAGGACACGACUCCGGCUGUUGCGCAAGUUAUAGUUCCUACUCCUGUAAAACUUCAAACGCCUAUGUUGAGUUCAGCACAAACUAUACCUGACCACUGUUCGCAACUAGGUCACAUGCAACAAUCAGGUCUAAUGGCACAGGGCACACCACCAGGAACAUUUCCAGAACCUGAACUUUCACCUGAACUUCAACAACAAGGUUGGAAGAAGUUUUGGAGUAAGCGAGAAAAUCGUCCGUAUUUUUGGAACAAAUUAACUGGAGAAUCGUUAUGGGUAAUACCACCAUUAAAACCUCAGUUUGAUCCAAUUACGGAUCCACUUGGCAUUUGUGGUGUACCACCUGUUUCUGGAAAUGGAGCUAUUCCACCAGGAGGUACACUGAAACGCAGAGCUUCGGAGGACAGUGUUGUACCAGCCGCAAAAAAAUUUGUACUGGCAGGACCUUGGGAUUUGGAAAUUCCAACGAAUGUUAUAAUAUAUGAGAGGGCUCCAUCAAACUUGCCUCACGUCCAUCCUGAGGCAGAGGCAUUACGCUGCGGUUUACUUGCGAAAUUGAGACAAUGCUAUCAAGAAUUAUGCCAUACUCGUGAAUCCAUAGACGCUCCGAAAGAUUCUUUUAACAGAUGGCUGAUGGAAAGGAAAGUUAUAGACUGUGGUUCAGAUCCUCUUUUACCAAGUCAGUGUUUCCCCGAAAUUUCUAUGUCUAUGUAUCGUGAAAUUAUGAAUGACAUCCCUAUUAAAUUAGUCCGGCCAAAAUUCACUGGUGAUGCAAGGAAACAGUUGUCGCGAUACGCAGAAGCUGCAAAAAAGAUGAUAGAAUCGAGAGCAGCGUCGUCAGAGAGUAGAAAAGUCGUAAAAUGGAACGCAGAAGAUACAUUUCAGUGGCUAAGACGAACAGUUGGUGCUACGUUCGACGAUUUCCAAGAUCGUCUUGCACACUUGAAACGGCAAUGCCAACCGCAUCUUACAGAAACUGUAAAAGCUAGUGUUGAGGGUAUUUGCCUGAAAAUUUAUCACUUAUCGACAGAGUAUGCGAAAAAGGUGAAGGAUAAAAAUAAUCAAAUAUUAAAAGAUAAUGGUUUAGGAAAUGUUAUACCAUUGGGAGGACCAGCUAGUGCACAAAGAAAAGUUUGGUGUUAUCCUGUGCAAUUCUCUCUUCCAACUCCUCGACUUCCACAAGUGGAUUAUCUUCCUGAACGUGAACAGACAAUGUUACGCUUUCACGGUGAUACUAUGUGUAUUAACAACAUGCAUCUUGCUAAAUUAGAACACCUAUAUAGAUACAAUUGCUUCGACGACAAAAAGUUCGAAAUGUUUUUACCUCGUGUAUGGUGUAUGUUGAAACGUUAUCAAACAUAUCUUGGAAUUAACGAAGGACAAGCAACGCAAAUGGCUUUGCCUGUUACGGUUUUCGAAUGUCUUCAACGAUCGUUCGGUGUAACGUUUGAAUGCUUUGCAUCCCCAUUAAAUUGUUACUUUAGACAAUAUUGUUCAGCGUUUGCUGAUACAGAUUCUUAUUUUGGAUCGAGAGGGCCUUUCUUGGACUUCAGGCCCGUAAGCGGCUCGUUUCAAGCUAAUCCACCGUACUGCGAAGAACUUAUGGAAGCUAUGGUUAAUCAUUUUGAACGUCUUUUAGCCGAUUCCACAGAGCCUUUAUCUUUCGUGGUAUUUUUACCUGAAUGGCGAGAUCCAGCGCCUAACGCUCUUAUCAAACUGGAAAGUAGCCAUUUUAAACGCAAACAAGUAGUGGUACCUGCAAUGGAACAUGAAUAUAGACAUGGAUUUCAACACAUAUUACCAAAAGGUGAAGUUAAUAUUAGAGCAGCACACGGAACGUUAGUCGUGUGGUUACAAAAUGCAACUGGUACUGCUCGUUGGGGUCCUACUGAAGAAAGAGUUGAAGCAUUGUUAGAAGCAUGGCGUCCAGGAAGGGAAAGAGAACGAGACAGACAAGAACUUUUGUCACCACCAAGGCAAACGCAUCAACAAAUACCUUCUACGCCUAUUCCCGUUUUAACAACGCCCGCAACUCCAACAGUACCAUUACAAACAUUAUCCACACAUCCUAUAUAAUUCUUAAACAACAUUUUGAGAGCUAGAGAGAAAACUAAAAUAAGUCUAAUAAUUUAAUCUUAAUUCUUAAUGAAAUUUCUUGCAGAGGGUAUUUGGCGAAUACUGUUUUAUCAAUUGCAGAAGCAAUGUAACAAGAAUACGAAAUAUUGAUAUCUGCUAAUAUUAUGGUAACAUUCACGAUAUAGUGAAGAUAAACCGGAUAUGCAAUGUGAUUUAUGUUCGAGCAUUCAAAUAAGCGAAUUAAUAAAAACUGAGGAAAAUAAAGGACCGAAAUUGUUAUAUCAAUGGGAUCUCGCUAUAUUGUGAAAGAUACUGUAUACAUGCUUUAAUAUUUUUCAUGUGUUGCAAGCGGUUCAUUUCAUCUAAUGAAGAUGUUAAUAGGUAUGUACACAUAUACACUUGCAUAAAUUAUUUGGUCUUUUAUUACGCUAUAUGAAUUUUACAAAAAUUCUUUUUAUUGAAAAUGUCGAGAAUUUAUCAUUUAAUUUUAAUAAUUUUUUUGUGAUGUUUAUUAUAGAGUGCAAUUUCAUUUUCUAUUUCCAACAUGAAAUGUUAAAAAUGUAUGAAAUGUGACAAUGAAAAAUAUGUAUCUAUUAUAUAGGUAUAAAAAAAAGCAUCAUUCGAUAAUUGAUACAAAAUCACGUUGCGUGGAGUCUAAUCUUUGUAAUAGUGUUAAUUGUUGGUAAUUAAUAAGAAGACUUUGUGAGACGUGAUACCUUAAUAGAGGUACUUGCCAUGCAAGCAGAAAUUGGUUCUAUUAUAAAAAGAAAAAAAAGAGUUAUGAGAAAAUG